CUAUGUUCAAAGCACAAAGUAUAAUAUAAAUUUGAUAUGAUUUCUCGUUCUCGAGGAAUCCACUUGAGGAAUCUGCAAAAAAAUUCGGAUAAGCUGUCGCUCGGAAGCCGGAGCAUCGAUCCCAGGACGCGCAAGCGCCGGCCGGCGGAUUUCACCUAGUUUUCGUUACACGGCCCGUUGUGUUCGUUCGAAACCGAACUAUCGCCACUCUAUUUUCGUUUUCCACCAGUGUACGGCAGCGUUCGCGGCCGAGUACAGUGAUUUGAUGUCCGCCAUCCUGGACGCAUGUGGGAAUGACACUGGCUCGAUAUCGAAGGCAGAGGACAACCUGUCGAACAGCGAUGGGCCCCUGAUCAAAGGCUACAUCCAGCAGAACAACUGCAACAGCGCACGUGCGAGCUCGGAGAACGUUAACCGGACCACCGUCUCCUCCCACGGGAUGUCCACGUCCAACGAGAAGCCAACGAAACGACGAUACUGUCUGUGGACGUUGACGCUGGUUCUGGCAAUCAUCGGCCUCUGCAACCUCUUCCUGAACAUCACGGUGAUCGCGGUCCUGCGGAUCAGCCAGGGGAUGGAAGCUAUGGAAGUGAUACCCGAUGAGAACCUGGUCAAGUUCUACGGGAGAACUGACUUGGACAAUGUAUGCCUGCAGUCAGAGAUCUGCCAGAGCUACGGGGACGAGCCCAUGGAAGUGUCCGGCGACGAGGGCGGUGUACAAAUCAUGGUGAACGACAUUCGAGCCCACGAGCAAGCUAGCUCGAGGGUGACCAUUCUGCAGAACGGUACAGCCUGGUCUCAGAUCGAGUCCUUCGAGAUCAAGGACCCUAGAACCGGCACCAUCUACUUCACCACCGACUUUCCUAACUUCGGUCUACCAGCGGGCGUGGAGAAGAUCGACGUCAAGAUCGCAGAGACUCACAGGAUCACGUCGCCGGUCAACGAGAGUCUGACGGUGAAUUCCGACGAACAGAUCUCCAUACACGGCGCAGAGGGGGUGACCAUGGAGAGCAAGGACAUCGUCUGGAGCGCGGACACCGAUAUUUUCUUGAAAAGCGUGAACGGCAGCAUCGUGCUCGACACCGCUGACGGUGUCUCCAUAAACGUUGAGAAUAUUCCCGUCGCGCCCUUGUUCCUGCAGAACUCGGGCCACGAGCAGUACAAGGUCUGCAUUUGUAUGCCUCAAGGGAAACUGUUCAAGGUACCGGUCCGAUCGGGUAGCAACAGCAGAUCCGUGAACUGCGCUCGGGUCAGUAGAACACCGGAAAAUGAUCCUUGCUCGCGAUAGGCUCGCAAAGCGUCGCAACGAACGUUACGUUCUUGUUACUAUGUCCAGCACUGCCGAGCAUGAUCCGAUGCUGCUUGAUACUUUGUUACUCGUUUUCUUGGAUAACGAUGGAAUACUAGAAAAUCGAAGGAGAUCUUAAUCAGUUACCGUGCGUGGAUCGAUUCUAAGUGUAGAUAUAAUUUGGCUUUUAUUCCAGAUAUAAAGUUCGACGAGGCUGCCGCUCGCAGGCCUCUGAACGUCACGUGUACACACAAUUACAUGAAGUAAACACAUAUCGGCACUAAUUGCAUUACCGUUGACAGGAAAUUCAUACAUUGGUAAGACUCAUACGCAAUACGAAAUACAUUAUCUUUUGUAUUGGAUAAGAAAGAGUUUAUGAAUAAAUUGUCGUCGUAGAAAAUAGUGCGAAAUACUUGUCUCUGUUGCAACAGGGCUGUUCAUGAUAUUAAUACAACUAUAUAUUAAAUUAUAAGUUAAGCACUCUCUGUUAUCAUUUCUUCGUUACUUUCGUCCAUAUCUUCCUGCUGUUCUUGUUCUGUGGGCGGCUCGUACGCCUUGUCCAGAGGACUGGCGACUACACCACCCGCCCACACACUCAUUUCUACGGCGAGUUUGUUAGUGCCCUCGAGUAAGGGUCUGUAGCCGCCGUGAGCCAGUACACGCAACAACGUUUGAGCGGUGAGACACACCAAGUCUUGUUGCUCCAAUGUCAUGGCUGUGUGCACGCGAAUGUUACCACCUUCGCAUGGAUCGGAGAUACCUAAAUAAGUUGAUAUGUUAUAUAAAAUAUAUGAUCUAUAUUUUAUGUAAAAAUACCAUGAAAGAAUAAUGAAUCUCACCAGCAGAUCCUGGAAGAAACAGUCCAGAAGCAAGUAACUGAAGUACUCUCUUGUAUGCUUGAUUUAUCGGCAGUGCUUGUCUGCUAGGAUUGUUCAUAAUUGCAUUAUGCGCCAGUAAGUCUAACAUCCAAGGUGAUAAUGGCUCUAGACCCUCGAAUCUACUUCUUAGAUCUCUGAGUAAUCUGAUUAAAACUUU